AUGAACACCCAAAUCCACGCCACCCUCACCACCCUUGACUCCGCCCUCCACACCCUCCUCACCACCCUAACCACCUCCCCGACCGCCUCCGGCGCCCCCGCCGCCGCUCUCGCCCUCCUCGCUGCCGACGACGCCCUCACCUCCACCAUCGACGAGCUGCGCGAGCACCAGCGCAACUACGCGCGUCUGCUGGGCUUGCGCGCCGAGGCGCAGGCCCUCGAGGAGAAAGUCCGGGGGAUCGUGCGCGAGGUCGUGGAGUUCGAAGGGGUGGUACGUGGGGUUUGUGGUGAUUCGGAUUCAGACUCGGAUGAGGAUGAGGAGGAGGAUGAUGAUGAUACUGAUUAUGAGGGGGAUGGGGAUACGGAGAUGCAGGGUACGGAUUCUGCGUUUACUGAGAUGACGGGGUCAGGGUCAGGGGCGAAGCGGAAGCUGCGCGGCGUCAAGGAGGUGGAUUAUAAGCUUCUUCUGGACUUUGCGCGCCGCAUUAGCAAGUAUAAUCAUCAGGCGGCGGCGGAUGCGGCUGCUGGUGUUGAGGAGAGGGUUGCGGCGGGUAAGGCCAGGAGGGGGUCGGCGAAGGAUGCGGAGAUGGGAGGGAUCGGGCCUGCGACUGGGGCCGCGAAUGGGGAUGCUCCUGCCGCCGCCGCCGCCGCUGCUGCUGCUGCUGCUGCUGCUGCUGAGCCGGUGGCCGAGGUCACCAAAGGGGCGACCUCGUGGUUGGAUGAGAGUGCGCAGUUGGCGAGGCAGGUGUAUAUGCUGCCGUAUCCAAUGGAGGAUCGCAUCCGCAUGGGGCUGAUGGGUCAGAUUCAGUUGGCGGCGGCGGAGGGCCGGCCGGGCUUUGAGGUCGAGGCGGAGGUGGAGCGGUUGAUUCGCGAGGCGGAGGGGCUGGGCGUUGCGGCGCCGGUGGCUGCCGCGCCGGUGCCGGAGGUCGCGGAGCAGGUUAGGCAUGCUGAUGAGGCGGCCAGGGCGGCGGCGUUGGCGGGCUCGUCAGCUGCUUCGGGGACAGCUGUUGGUGGUGGUGGGAGCGGGAGUGCUCGGCCGGCUGCGGCGCCGGUGCCGCCGAAGCCGAAGGCUACGUUGGAUUUGGAUCUGUAUGAUCCUGAUGAGGAUGACGAGUGA